GAGGCUGGGUUUUUGUCCAUAAGUACAGGAAGCUCUUGGUGGUGACCUGUCGGACUCCCAGCUAGUUAGUGCGUUUGGUGGUUGGCGGUUGGUGGUUGUGGUCUUUGGCGAUUGGUUCUUUGAUUUGGGUUUUUUGUUUUGUCUUGUUUUGUUUUUUGAUUUUGGUUUGUUGUUUUAGUUUCUUAUUUUGUUUUUAGCUAGCAUCCUUAGUUGGUGUACCUGCUUAGGAUGCAUAGUAAGAGUAGUGAGUUUAGUGUAGUGCCAAAGUGGCUUGGCUCCUGCCAGGAGAAGGCCUUCACAGACCAUUACCAGGUCUUGAAGGACAUUGGGCAUGGGGUAUUUGGUAAGGUGAUCCUAGCCCGCCAUCUGCGCACUGGGGCAGAAGUGGCAGUGAAAAUCCUGCCAAAGAGACUUUGGAGGAGUUUGACCUGCUCUGAAAAACUGGCGAUGAAGACCCUGAACCACCCGAAUGUGAUCCACCUCUUUCAGGUUAUUGAAACCCACCAAUAUGUCUACCUGGUGAUGGAGCAUGGAGGCAGGGGAUCGCUCUUUGACUUCAUCCCACCUGGGGGCAUGCAGGAGGAGGAGGAGGCCCGGAGACUGUUUAGACAGAUCACCUGUGCGGUGUGCUACUGCCACAAGAUGCACGUCUUACAUGGAGACCUGAAGCCCGAGAACAUUGUGCUGGAUGCCAGAGGCAACAUCCGAAUCAUCGACUUUGGCUUAAGCACCGUUCUCAAGCCUGGGCAAGAAUGGGACAGAGCCUGGGGCCCUCUGGAGGGCCCCACAAUGGACACCUGGCAACUGGGUAUCAUUUUGAACUUUAUAUUGACAGGGAACCGCCCGCGUGACAUCUUACACCCCGAGUUGGAAUUUCCCCAGCACGUGUCUCCCGAAGCACAAAGGCUCAUCAGGAAAAUCCUAGCAGAGGACCCAGGAGCAAGCCCCUCGGCAGAGGAGAUCUUGGCAGACCCGUGGCUGAAUCAGGGUGAGAAGUUACCUUCCCAUGAUGUGCCCCUCCCCAACCUCUCAGACCCCACAGUACUGGCAAUGCUGUUCGACAUGGGGUACGACCCUUACAGUACCUGGGUGUCGCUGUCCCAGAGAAAGUUUGAUGGGGCGAUGGCUUCCUAUCUCAUAAUCCAGCAGCAGAUAAGCCAGGAGGCAGGCUGCAUGAAGCCUGUGAGAAGGGAUCCUUCCAUUUCCCCUGCCCUCCUGCAGAGGAGGGCUAGUGAGCCUGCCCUUCACACCUUCCCCUUGCCCUGUGAGCAUCAUCAGACUCAGGAGGCCAAGGAGUCAGGGCAGAAGGGCUUCAGAAGGGCCAGCUGGCCUGCCAUUAGUCUCCGCUUCCUGCAUGAGAAGCCCCCCACUCCAAGGCUGGCCUCCCAGCAUCACUCUGUGUCCAACUCACCCCAACCCUGCCCAUCAACAACAGACAGCCAAGUCUCCCAAGAUGCCACCACAGGGUGUCCCUGGGGCCACAGGAAGGGCUGGAAUCGGGUGAGGCGGAGGAUGGCUGCCUGCUUGCGCAGAUUGUGCUGUUACACACCCUCAUGUGUUGGCGAAAACGAGGCUCCUACACCAGGAGAGCAGAAACCUUCUAGGUUCACAAAUCGGGUGGUUCCUACAUAAAUGGACAGUUCAGAUGGACCAAACGAAGAAACAGCCAGCCAGAGGAGCCUUUGCUCCGUGGAUGCUAUCACUAUGUUGGCAUUGGUCACGUGGACCCCAACAGCUACAGGACUGAGUGCCUACUGGCUGGGCUUCUCCACAUGGGGUCCAGCCAGGAGCACACCUGGAUUUACCUGGAGAUCAGGACUCUCCCCUGCCCCCAACUGCCGGGGACAUCAAAUGAGACUAUUUUCCCUGGGACCCUUCCCUUACCCUGCUCUUCUCUGCCCUUUCUCCCAUGCUCCUGAGAUGACAGAGAUAUUAAUAAAUUUGUUUUUCUCAAAUUGA